AUGGUAAGCAAUAACAGCUCCCACUGCACCUAUGACGACUCCUUUAAGUACACUCUGUAUGGGUGCAUGUUCAGUAUGGUGUUUGUACUGGGGUUAAUAUCCAACUGUGUUGCCAUAUACAUUUUCAUGUGUACUCUCAAAGUGCGAAAUGAAACAACAACGUACAUGAUUAACUUGGCAAUAUCAGACUUGCUGUUCGUUUUUACUUUACCCUUCAGGAUUUUUUAUUUUGCCACACGGAAUUGGCCAUUUGGAGAUUUACUUUGUAAAAUUUCAGUGAUGCUGUUUUAUACUAACAUGUAUGGAAGCAUUCUGUUCCUAACCUGUAUUAGUGCCGAUCGAUUUCUGGCCAUCGUCUACCCAUUUAAGUCAAAGACUCUAAGAACAAAACGAAAUGCAAAAAUCGUUUGCAUUGCUGUAUGGUUAACUGUGAUGGGAGGAAGCGCACCUGCAGUUUUUUUGCCGUCUACCCACUCGCAGGGUAACAAUACCUCAAAAGCCUGCUUUGAGAAUUUUCCAGAAGCCACAUGGAAAACAUUUCUCUCAAGAAUUGUAAUUUUCAUUGAAAUAGUGGGAUUUUUUAUUCCUCUAAUUUUAAAUGUAACUUGUUCUAGUAUGGUGCUAAGAACUUUAAAUAAGCCUGUUACAUUAAGUAGAAGCAAAAUAAACAAAACUAAGGUUUUAAAAAUGAUUUUUGUGCAUCUGGUCAUAUUCUGUUUCUGUUUCGUGCCCUACAAUAUCAACCUGAUUUUAUAUUCUCUCAUGAGAACACAGACAUUUGUUAACUGCUCAGCAGUGACGGCAGUAAGGACCAUGUACCCAGUCACCCUCUGCAUUGCUGUUUUAAACUGUUGCUUUGACCCUAUAGUUUAUUACUUCACAUCGGACACGAUUCAGAAUUCAAUAAAAAUGAAAAACUGGUCUGCCAGGAGAAGUGCCUCCAGAUUCUCUGAAGUUCAAGGCACAGAGAGCUUUAUUGAACAUAACCUACAGACCUUAAAACGUAAGAUAUUUGACAAUGAAUCUACAAUAUAAGCUGCCUGAAAUAAAACCAUUGGGACUUCACUGGGACAGAACUUCUAAGUUCCUUCAACUGUGAAAAGUGUUUUCCUGGACAACUACUUCUCCACGUCUGAAAAAAAAUAAACAUGUGGAUAUUAAGUUUUUAGUAUUAAAAAAUGUAUUCAAUGUGUUAAGCAUUAAAAUGUAUUUUAUUCUUGUGUACACUCCAUUUUACUUUUCUGAGCCACUUGGAUUUGUACCUUCCUCUUCAUUAAAAAAAAAAAAAAACCCUCAAAAAGCUGUUCAAAGUCUAAAAGUGAUGAUGAUUUAAAA